AAGACGCAGCGGCAAGAAACCCGUCAUUUGCGCCGUCAACGGGCUGUGCCUCGGCGGUGGAUGCGAGAUGGUCGUCAACGCGGAUAUGGUCGUGGCGUGUCAGCAGGCGUACUUCGGGCUGCCUGAGGUGCAGCGCGGGGUGGUUGCCAUCGCGGGGCCCUGCCGCGGGUGGUUCGUACGGUGGGGCGGCAGCGGGCGAUGGAGAUGGCGUUGACGGGGCGGAAGGUCUCGGCGGAGGAAGCGAAAGAGUGGGGGUUUGUCAAUGAAGUGGUGGAUGCGGCAGACCAGGUGGUGAAACGGGCCAUCGAGAUCGCGGAACUGAUUGCGGCUAACAGUCCCGAUGCCGUAGUGGUGAGUCGGGAGGGCAUCAAGUUGGGCUGGGAGGGAGUCGGUGCAGAAGAUGGCAGUCGGUUGCUCGUCGAUACCUGGUCAAAGAGGCUAUAUGAGGGGGAGAAUAUCAAGGAGGGUCUGCGCGCGUUUGUCGAGAAGAGGAAGCCCAAGUGGGUGGACAGCAAGUUGUAAAUCUGACUCCAUUUGCGCCAGGUAUCUUCGAUCUAUGCAUACGAGCAAUGAACUUUCAGUCUACGGACUACAAGGAGAGAACAAAUGCAGUCAAAGAAAUUCAUUAGACUCGGUGCUCUGCAUCCAAGUCGGGGUAACGAGGUCAUGAUACUGUAUGCUAAUCCCAUAAUCCCAGUAAUCCGUCGCGCCG